UGCUGAAUACCUUGUACAAACCUGCCAAAGCACCACGACACACCUUAGUUUCUACUUGUUAAUGUUGCAGUCAUUCUUACCAAACCCAUCCUAUACGAUCAGGGGAUCGAUCAAACAUUUUACAUUAUUUCCAAUGGCAAUGUUAUCGGUCGGUUUGAAGUGGUUUCGUUGGUGUGAAGGCGACAAUACAAUAGUUUGCGUGCGCUAGCGAGAGUCGAGGAUGGACGGGCCGAUGUCAGCGCCCUUGUACAUGUUGUUGGUAGUAACACCAUGAAAGCCAUCAGAUCCUGUGUCAGAUUGUACUGUCAACGGAUAUGACACUUGGUCGAAUGUGAGAUAAUGUAACCGAAAUAUCAUCCUUGGAUUUACAUGGAUAUAUAAACCCGAUCGCAUUCGUCACAAUGAGCCGUGUUCGAGAUCUUUUAGACGACCUACUGCCAUCCGGACUCAUGGAGAACAAUAGUCUUUUCAAGAAAACGACUGUCCCAGGAGCCCAGGCAUGGCAGAAACCAGAGCCCGAUAUCAAUCGAAUGUCUGCGUACUACAAUCGCGUCAAAGAAUAUUGCCGACAAGUCUUUACAAUCAACCAGUCAAGUGGACAUGAUAACAAAGAUGUAAGAAUGAUGUUUUGCGAGGGUUCACCAAGCCAUCGGGAGAACGAACUUCGACAGAAGAUUUUGACCGAAACAAAGAUAUCUCUGGAGCUGGCGAGGGCAGAUGCCCUUCGAAAGGCUGCCGAGCGACGCGGGAAAGACCCCAUCUUAUGCCGUGUCAAGAAAACGAUGGGAAACUUUUCCGAUUUUCGGGGGUACGCAGUGAAGCUGGAGAACAGACUCCGAGAGGAGAGGAAAAGGACCGGGGUUUUGAGAAGGAAGUGGGAACGCGAGUUUCACAGAGCAAACAAGUUCGAACGUGAAAAGCGAGAAGCUGAGAAGAAGAUCAAACGGAUGUCAGAUAUGCUUGUCAGGAUGAGGGAAAUGCUUGUGACCCUGGAGGAAGAGAAUUCUAAAUACAAGACCGAUCUUGAAGAAGCUCUUCAGAAAGUACAAGAAAAGGAAGAAGACAACGAGUUCCUAGAGGUUUCCUGGCAUGAAGCCAAUAAAGCAAAGGAAAAAUUGGAACGAGAACUCAGCAGACUUUUGAAAGACACAGCGGACUGUCAGUUCAAAGACCUGAAUGAAAUUCAUUUCGCAUUACUCAGAAAGACUACACCCCUAGCGAAGGUGAAUAUGGCCGAGAAAUACGAACCUAUCGUUGACAAGACCAAGUCUGUCAUCACUCUUGGCGGAGGGGCCUUCGGAAGAGUUUUCGCAUACCGGCAGAAGCGUGGUCGACAAGGAAAGACCGUGGCGAUGAAGAUAUUGCACGCGACCGCUGACGACUACGAAGUACGUCGGCAGGAGAUCAUCCUCGAAGCGCGCCUCAUCAGACUCUUCGCCGGUACCGGCGUAUUUCCGCGCAUGUACGGGGUCGGUAGUCUCGGGAAUGAUACUGCCAUUGCAAUGGAGUUUCUAGGUGAUGAUAGCACGUAUAAGGUGAGGACUCUGAAUACAUGGACGCAAGACGAACACGUCAGCAUCCACCACGCAAAGACAGUGAUGCUUGACAUCCUUUCUGCCUUGAAGGCCUUACACUCGAUGGAUAUCCUCCACAAUGACAUCAAGGGUGAUAAUGUAAUCGUCAAACAGUCCGACCACGACUUAUUUAGUGGGUACCUUAUCGAUCUGGGUAAUGCGUCGACGACGUUCCUGUCCGCGAUCUACGACUUUGGGCAGACCGAGAGAGAUUAUUAUGAAGAGGAUCCGUUGUCAAUCCACUACGCACCAGAAUUGAUAUUUGAUAACGCAGCGACGACCCGAGCGAGUGAUAUAUAUCAGAUUGGACAGCUCAUUUACAUUAUGGGAUAUGACUUAAGAAACGAUGAUCUUAGAGAUAUCGGAGAGAAAUGCCUGUAUAGGGAACCUUUAUCGCGUAUAAAGCUCUUGGACCUUAUCGAACUGAUAUCUCAGUUAUGACCCUAAAGGGAACUGAUCUCCGAGAAUUCUCUCUCAUAUGAUCAUGAAGUUGAGAAUAAUUUUGAAACAUAAAUGUUUAUGCCCUUCAAAAAACAAUCGGAAAUAAAUUAUACUCAAUUUUCAGUUUUAACAAAUGUUCAAGGUAUGGGGUAUACAUGUAGGAUAAUAGUAGAAGAUAUGGGAUACAGGAUCUGGGGUAAAUUGCACGAGGUAUGAUAUGGUAUAGGAUAUGGGGUAAAUGUGAGAGGGUAUAGGACGUGCGGUAUAUGAUUCCGGAUAGUAUGUGGUGCGCAACGUAUUUUAUAGGAUAUGGUAUAGGAUAUGGGGUACAGGAUACGGUACCGGACAUGAGGCAAAGGUUUUAGGGUACAAGAUAAUGGGAAUUAGUAUAUUAUGGGUAGAAUGAUCGGAUAGGAUAUGGGGUAAAGGAUAUGCCAAAAGGAAAUGGGAUGGAAUGGGUGAAAUUGGACUUGAGGCAUUUAAAAUAUGGGGCAGGGUAUGACAUUGGUUUAGGAUAUACUAUGGGGUAUAUAAAAAGAGUGGCACUUUGAAAUACAAAGGCUGAGCUGUGGGAAAGGCCGAUAAAUUACAGCGUUUUUCACUCUUGAAUUUUUUCCACUCUUUGGCCUUUUGAGGGGUGAUGCACCCCUUUCCAUAAUUCUAAUUUUCUAUAGUUGUGCCUCUAAGAUAAAUUGACAUAUUACUAUUUUUAUGAAUAUUAUUUUUUAUUUUAAUUGACCUUCUUUUAUUUGACCUCAGUUUAAUUUGAUCUAAACUAUACAGAAGUAAGACAUGGGUCCUAUACGAACAAGGGAGACACAAACUAAUCUCGUGGACUGAUAUCAUCGACUAAUGCCUUAAUUAUGAAAUUGUAUAUCAUGGAAUUGUAGCUAUUUAAUCUUAGUUUUAGGAAUAAAAGAUUUAACUUUAUGUACAUAAGAAGAGGUAUUUUAUAUUCACUACAAAUUCCUUUACAAUACUCUAAAACAAACUAUUCAGACUGAAUAUGAUCCAAAUCUACUUGGGCUUGUACAAGGUAUCUAUUCAAUUUUUACCAAUAUUAUUAUCAAGUUUUUCAGAUUCUGCUCAAAUAUUCAAUAUUCAGGCACUAGAUUUUAGAUUUUGUUCUGAAAUUGAUCUUUUCAAAGACAAAAGGAGAUGAGUGUGAUAUGGAAUCCGAUAAUUCAAAGGUUGAUAGUAUUAAGUUUGUUAUGUCUCGAGAUGGUUUUAUCAGACCAUUUAUACACUGCCUUAAUUUUUCUAUUCAAUUUUGAGAUUAUAGUUAUUAAAAAGAAAUGGGCCUGAUUUAAAGCCCAAUCUUAUACGACAUAUUUCAUUUAUUUAAAAAAGAGAGCUGCUGCCAUACGUUAUUCAUCUUGAAUAUUAUAUCUAUUAUUCUUGUAUUGUAAUCACUUAUCAAUAUUUUCUUAAAUCGUGCAUAAUCUUAUGCUGAUAAUAAUCAAUGAAGUUGAAGCGUUGAGCCGUUAUGAUCUUUGUUUUAUAACGAUUAAAUGCUAUAUACUGCUGCUUUUCUUGUAUAUGAAAUCGUCACAGACUAUGAAAGAAAUUACACAUGUGAUACUAGCAUCACUUAUUAUAGUACAUCAAAAGAUAUUGCACAAACUUGAAAGUGAAGCGACCGCACGGAAUAAAUUGAUCGAAAGUCGAAGGUUUGCAUAUUGUUUUAGCAAAUACGAAUUAAAAUAGACUUCGAGCCUAUUGCUAUGGUUUCAGUUGUCGAAAUGAG